CACUCUUGAAAGGGAAUAUAAUCUGUCAUAAAUUUUAUUAGAAUUGUGUUCAGACCAAAAAAGAUUAUUUUAAAUUUGUUUUAUACAUCAAUUGUGGUAUCUAUGAGCUCCUACAUGAGGUCAAAAACACUGAGGUUGCCCCAGAAUUUACUUAUUGUACUUUGUUUUUCAGGGUCCUCUAUUAUCAUUUGUGAGGUCGUCUUGUUAAAACAAACAAAAACUUAUUUCUUCCUGCAGACUUCUUCAUGGGGAUGAUGCGUUCACUGGCCGUUGGCAAUUAGCCUACAGGUGAACCCACCGGUGCAACAUCAAACUAUCCACAGGAAAUCUGCGACCUACGUUUACUGGCUCAGCUUUAAACAGCGUAUUUUACUCGGUAUCUGAACUCUGUGUGAUUUCUCAAAAGGCUAAACUCAAACCUACUUUUACAGGGGAGAGAAGCUCCAGACCAAACGUUCAACAAGUGAUAAUUAAUACUGGCUCUUUUACAAGCUGGCUAAUGUUAGCCAGGUAAGAGGCGUUGAACGGCAAUACUUCAUUUUGCCCCUUUCUUGUGUUGAUAGUUAUAUAUUAUAUCGAAGUUGUCUGGCUUAAAGAUGAUAAGUGUGAGAUAAACUUCCAAUCUCCACCAACUCCAAUUGGUCAUGAACUGCUCAGCAAAGACGGCAACAGUUGAAGGCCUACCAGACCAGACCAUGCUGGCUGUAGGACUGAAAGUACCUUCAUUCGGUAAGCAAGCUCCUGCUCUUCAAACCAUCUCUUUUAAAACCUAAAAACAAAUCUCACCUCCAAUUGUAAAGAGGAACUACUGGACUGGGUGACACUGUAGUUGUGGCUGGGCCAACUGUCUCUUAAUGGGAGUUAAGUGCCAAACUAGGCUAAACAAGUUGCUUCCACUCUUCUGUUCCCUUACACUAAAAAUGACCCUUCUCAUUUUGCUUCACUGCCUUUCACUAUAAUAAUAGUAGAUAAUAGUAUAAUUGUAAAGUUGGGACAUAUGUUUGACAUUUCCUCUACCUACAGGAGGAAUAUUUGUUUUAUGCAUUUACCAGAUGAAUUUUGAUGCUUUGCCACUGCAAUGUCUCUGGACACAUUGUUCUUUUAUUUCCCUGUUACAAUUUUUUUCCUGAGUCCAGCCUACAGAGUUUCAAUGUUGUGAUCCUGCCUGCUUACCUGUCAUUAUGAGAACCUUAUUUUUCUGAAUUAGUCACCUUUCUUAAAGGAAAGUAUGCAUUUAACAGCCCUGUCUUUUGCACUGUUUUAUAUCAGGGGUCUAGAUCCUCAUCAUCAUCUUUGCUGUGGUCAUAUAGAGGUAAGCAUGCUCUAUUUAUACCAUGCUGUGCCAUUUUCACUGUAAAUUGGACCAUGGUUCCUAAAAAGAAAACUAUGCUGUAUAAAAUGAGACUAGAAACUGACAAUCCAGGCCAUUAAAUUAUUAUGAAAAUCAUUACUUAAAGUUGUGGAAACGUGAAAGCUUUGGCAUUUCCUUACCUGUAUGCAUUCAAGUCAAACCAUUUAUUUAUUUAUGUUUUAUGCAGCUAGCAGAGUCUCCCCCUGCUGGCCAUUUGAGAAAGCAAAGUUUAUGGUACUUCUGAAUUGGCUUUACUUUUGAAACACAGAGGCUUCAACCACUUAUUAUAGAGUACAGAACAAAUCAUAAUAUGUAAGACUAAAUAACGCCUUCUACCUCUGAGAUGUAAAGAUUUUGAUAACUCAGACUAUUUCCUAUUUUUGGGAGAUGUCCUCUGUGACCUGUUUUUUUCUUUUUUGUCAUUCAUACUUUUGUUAACCUUAAAAUUAGUGACACCAUCACUAUCGCCGGGUAAUUUUUACCCAAAAUAUUAUACCCAAGAAAAAGUACUUGUCAUCAAAAUAGGACAAUACAUGACAAAUUAAAAUCGUUUUUCUUUUAUUUGUAACUGUGUAAUGUCCAAAGGGAGGAAAUAAAAAGUGCCAUGUGGGGACCACAUAAAAAUGCAACGAAAUAACUGAAAUUAUGUAUUCAUGAAAAAAUCCCUGUGGCAUGUGAGUCUUCCCUGGUGAAGACUCAGGGUCCUUGACACAAUAACAGCUGCAGGAGAGAGGACCAAAAUAUGGCAUAUUUUGACUGAGUAAAAAUGACAUAUAUUGACAUAUAUUACUAAAAUAUUUCUUAUCACCAUAUAAAUUCCCUUAACAAUCACUACUUUGUGAUAGUUAUUCAUUACCACUGCACUAAAUAAAGAUAGCAUGCAAAUUCCAUGACCACUCUUAUGGACCAUAUUCGUCUAUUUGCAGCUAUCAAAUCCACCCAAACCUACUUUACCCUCUCUCACUAUUGCUGGGUGAAAAUCACCCAAACAAGUGCAUGUAGGAAAAAGCAGGUUUUGGAUCAGGGAAACAAAUAUGCCUUUAAAGAUGUCAAAGGAAAUGCUGAAGCUACCCAGGGACCCAUGAUACUCAGACAAACGCAACAUCAAAAAAUCACCCUGCAAUAGUUUUCUUGGGUUAAAGGAUGCCUGCCAAUGUGAACACAUACAGACCAUAACUGCUUUAGUAAGGACACUGAAACUAGACCCUAUAUUGAACCCUUUACAUCAUUGGCAUCAAGAUAUAGACUACAUCUUUCUACUUCUUUCAAAUUCGUGGUUAAUCUUGUGUCUUUUAAGGAUUUUUUUAUAUGUUGUCUUGAGUCAAAUGUUGUCUGUCAUAUUGAUUUUAGAGGGAAUAAAAUAUUAGUUUCUACUUUAGAUGAAAUUAAAUAGCCAAAAGGUACCACAAGUAUCACGGUGUUUUACUAAGUCAGUAUUUUACUUAGUUUCUAACACUUAAACCACCUCCUAACAGCUGAUCACAUACAGUCACAAACUCUUUGCUGUUUAAAACGACUUUGUCCUCUUACACAUUACUGUUUUCUUUCUUCAUUUCUCUCUCUCUUUUUUUUUUUUUUUGUCUUGUGGGAGCAUGCAAUAGAUCACAGCUGGUGGUUUGACCGGCCGGGCUCUCUACAGACACGGCUUCACCUCUAGGGGGAGCGCCGAGUUACUAAAAGUGGGACUGAGUGAGUGGUGUGAGCAACGGCGCGCCUGGGCCGAGCAGAGCUGUGUCAAACUAACCAGAUUUACAGCGUGUGAGACCGGAAAUGAGUGGAAUAUGAUUUCAAAAUACAGUUAAAAAGUGGUGAACGGUUAAAAGCAUUGCAAUGAACUGAGAGUAUUUUUUUAGCUUAUUGUUUAUGAAAAAAAUACUUGUGAUUGACAUGACUUCAUGCAGUUCUGAAUUAACACUGAAACCAGUACUUUGAAUCAUAGUUACUCUAAAGCCAAUUUUACAUGUUAAUUUUUCAUAGCAUUUGUUUUGAAACCUGUAAAAAGAUUCCUGCAGUGUUAGAUAGCAAGUAUCAUUAGACACAAAUACAGAGAAAUGACUUAUUUUAAUUUUUCUGUCACCUGAUUUGCUUUUUUAAAGUUGACAGUUUUUGUUAAAAUGAUCAGAUGAGUGACUUUUGUACUUUAUAUUUAUAUAUUUUUUUAAAUCUAAGAAAUGGUGGAUGGUGUUGAUGCACUAUAAUUGAAAGGUGUUCUCUUUUAACAAGUACAAGAG